AUGUCUGACUCCCAUCAACCAGGUCGAUCCUCUGUUGACGACUCACCCGUCAGCGGUGAAGAUGAAGUCGUCGAGCCUGAUCAGGGAAAUGUGCUUUCCCACAUUAUUUCCCAACUGCGACCGGGUGCCGACUUGAGUCGAGUCGUCCUACCGACUUUUAUUCUCGAGCCCCGGUCCAUGCUUGAGCGCAUCACCAAUUUCAUGGCCCACCCCGAAACCCUCCUCCCCAUGACGACGAUUGACGAUCCCACCGAACGAUUUAUCUCCGUUGUCAAGUUCUAUCUAAGCGGCUGGCAUAUCAAACCCCCAGGAGUGAAGAAACCUUUGAAUCCCAUUCUUGGAGAGACCUUUACUAGCCACUGGGACUACCCCGAUGGAACGCGCGGAUACUAUGUCUCGGAGCAAACCUCCCACCACCCGCCCAAGUCGAGCUACUUUUUCAUGGCCCCGGAGCACCAUAUUCGCAUCGAUGGCACACUGAAGCCCCGCAGCAAGUUCUUGGGUAACUCAGCUGCUAGCAUGAUGGAAGGAAUCGCCAUUCUGCGCCUGUUGAACCACGGUGAAGACAAAGAGAAGGGCGAGCGAUAUAUUUUGACGCAGCCCAACAUGUACGCCCGCGGUAUUCUUUUUGGAAAGAUGAAGUAUGAGCUUGGCGAUCACAGCUACGUGCGAUGCCCGGAGCACAACCUCGUGGCAGAUAUCGAGUUUAAGACCAAGGGCUACUUCUCAGGCACAUAUAAUGCUAUUGGAGGCACAAUCAAAAAUGAGAAGACAGGGGAAGUUCUAUAUGAAUUAUCCGGUCUAUGGAAUGGCGAGAUGUACCUGAAAGAUGUCAAAACCCACCACAAAGAACUUUUAUUCGAUGCGACACACGCGAAGCACUCGAAGCCCACGUCGCGCCCGAUCGAGGAACAAGGCGAGCGUGAAUCGCAACGUCUGUGGCUCGAAACAGUCAAGGCGAUCAAUGCUCGCAAUCACGAAGCGGCAACGGACGAAAAGACCAAGAUUGAAGACCGGCAACGAGAAGAGGCCGCCAAGCGCGCGGAUGAAGGCGUUGAAUGGCGGCCCCGACUGUUCCGUGCCGUGGAGGGUGGACCUGGCGGUCAGGACGAGGGAGAAGAGGACCUCGACUGGAUCAUCAACGCCGAAGUUGAUGCGCAUGAUCCCGAGACCGCCAAGAAACAAAUCCUCGCCAUCGCGCCCAUCGUCAAAGGUCAGAAACAAUCAACUCAAUUUCAAAUCCCGCCGCAUCAGCCCAAGGCUUCCAUGACGCACCCGGUGCCCCAAACUACAGGACUCGGCAGCUAA